GUUAACCUAAUUCUCGUACACUUGUUACAUAGGUGAUAAAAACUGAAUAAAUACAGAGUGUAUUUCCUUUUAAAAAUGGGUAAAUGUUAUUCAACACAUGAACGGAAACAGCAACAAUCAACUACAACAACCGAUGAAGUAUUUAUAUAUAACCCCUCUCGUCCUGAACCAAUACGGGAACCGCCUAUUGGACGUGUCAGUUCUGAGACAAACAGGUUGGAAUUCAACAGUCAAGACACUGAUUUAUUACAGACAUUAGUACCUAGUAAUAAUUCACGGCUAAAUAAACGAUAUUUAAUUGAGAAUGUACCACUUGAAUGGAAAAAUGGAGAUCGUGUAAUGUUCAAGAUGAACACAUUGGAACACAACAGUCAACGUGCCAUUUCCGAGAUAAACACAUUGAAAUACAACCGUAAACGUACCAUUUCCGAGAAAAACACAUUGAAAUACAAAGGUCAACGUGCCAGUUCCAAGAUGAACACAUUGAAAUACAAACGUAAACGUACCAUUCACGAAAUGAUCACAUUGGAACACAUAGGUCAACGUGACAUUUCCAAGAUGAACACAUUGGAACACAAAGGUCAACGUGUUAUUUCCGAGAUGAACACAUUGAAAUACAAAGGUCAACGUGCCAUUUCUGAGAUGAACACAUUGACAUACAAAGGUCAACGUACCAUUACCGAGAAAAACACAUUGAAAUACAAAGGUCAACGUACCAUUACCGAGAAAAACACAUUGAAAUACAAAAGUCAAUUUGCCAGUUCCGAGAUGAACACAUUGGAAAACAAAAGUCAACAUGCGUUUUCCGAGAUGAUUACUUUGGAAUACAAAAGUCAAUUUGCUUGUUCCGAGAUGAUAACCUCGGAACACAAAAGUCAACUUGAUUUUUCCGAGUUGAACGCAUUAGAAUACAACAGUCAAGACACUGACAGAUUACAAGGAUUAGUACUUAGUACAAAUUCCAGGCUUAACCAACGGUACUUUAUGGUGAAUGUACCACUUGCAUCGGGAAAAGGAGAUAGUAAAAGGAAUUUUCCUAACGACAACAACUAUACACCAGAAGGGGGAGUAUCAACUGAUUCUUUUCCUUUACGCUACCACCGAUGACUAUUCCUAGAGAUGAUCCGUUGUAUUUCCACCUCAGAUGUAUUGCCCCAGGUGAUUCAAAUGCAUAAGACGAAAUUGUUCAUGAUGAAACCGAUGUCGUUCAGGAUCACGGUCAUUAAUUUAAUGUUCCUUACAAUUUUCAAUAAUACACUGGAACGCAUUAUUUAUUGUUGUAACAGACGUUUCUUUUGAGAAUCUUUUAUUUCUGGGAUUGGUGCCACUGUUUCUGACUCAAGCCUGCAUUUUGUCGGUUGUAUCUAGGUUGAGUUUUCACCAAAUGUUAUAAAAUGAAAUUGGAUGUUUUAGAGUAUGGCGUUGUAUUGUAUGUAACCUUUCCACUUAUUAUAUUGAAAUAUUCUUCAGAUAAAUACUUCAAAAACAA